CUCUCAAGAACAAUGGCUCUCCCUUAUACAUGGCUAACCCUUCCAGCCGUCAUCUUCAAAAUCUUCACCUGAAUCUCGUUUCCUCAGUUUUCUCUCUAUUUGACUAUUUGUUAUAAUCUCUUACAUAACGAACGAAUAUACGCACAUACACGUAUGAAUAUAUUUAUAUAAACAUACAUAUAGGGGAAAGUUUCUUUCUUUGUGUUGUAUUUUUCUUGCUCUGCAUGAACCUACAAUGGGCAACUGCUUCGCACCCGCUACAGUGAAGAAGAAAAGACCAGUGAAGCGUCUGCAGAACCCACCUCCCUUAUCGAACGGUAGCAAAAGAUGGACUCGGAUCAGGUCCACAAGCAAAGAGGACGCGUUGAUUCACGAGCAUGCUCUGGCGGCUGCGAUCCUCUUCAGGCAGCACCAGAAGGAUGGGAACGUGCCGUUCGAUCGCUCUGCUUCGCUGCGGUACCAGAAUUCUGGGUCCAAGAAGACCCAGUUGCCCCGGAGCUCGAGUUCCAGGGCACGGUCGCUUACAGACCCUCUUUUGCAGCCUCACCAGCUUGUUAAUCAGGAUAUAAAGCUUGAUGAUCUUGAGAGCAAUCAUUUUGUCCUUGUCCAUGGAGGAGGCUUUGGGGCUUGGUGUUGGUAUAAAACUAUAGCACUUCUGGAAGAAUGUGGUUAUAAAGUUACUGCUGUAGACUUAACGGGUUCUGGGAUCCAUUCAUUUGAUACAAAUGGCAUUACCAGUCUUGCGCAAUAUGUGAAGCCUCUGACAGAUUUUCUUGAAAAGCUUUCUGAUGGGGAGAAGGUGAUUUUGGUGGGGCAUGACUUUGGUGGAGCAUGUAUAUCAUUCGUGAUGGAGUUGUUUCCCUCCAAGAUUUCCAAGGCUGUAUAUGUUGCUGCAGCAAUGUUGGCAAAUGGGCAAAGUACUCUUGAUAUUUUCUCCCAUCAGGCAGGUUCAAACGAUCUUAUGCGCCAGGCUCAGAUAUUUUUGUAUGGAAAUGGGAACAAUCAACCCCCAACUGCUAUUGAUUUAGACAAGUCAGUGUUGAAGGAUUUGUUAUUCAACCAGAGCCCUGCUAAGGAUGUAGCAUUAGCAUCUGUGUCAAUGCGGCCAAUCCCCUUUGUACCAGUUUUGGAGAAGCUCUCUUUAUCUGACACAAAAUACGGAUCUGUGAGUCGAUAUUACAUCGAAACUCCAGAAGAUAACGCCAUACCCAUCGCAUCACAGGAGAGUAUGAUCAACUCGAGCCCACCAAAACAAGUAUUCCAUUUAAAAGGUGCGGAUCACUCCCCUUUUUUCUCAAAGCCUCAAGCGCUACACAAGUUACUGGUAGAGAUAUCGAAGAUCCCUUCAACUUGAAGUAACGCGGGGACAAAGAUAGUUUCCAAAAUGUUCCCUUCUGCAUCUUCUUCGCAGCUAAAUGGCUUUAAGCUUAAGUCAUUCACAUUAAUCUCUGCAAAUUCCAUUAGAAGAAAUGAUCAUGAGGGGAUCUUGUACAAGUUCAUAACACCAAAAAUGGUUCAAUAAUGCCUGUUUCAAUACAUAACAUUAUAUCAGAAGGUGAUUUUUUUUUUGGCA